GCGCAUCUCAUUAGCGGGGCGCGCGGCGGCGGGGUGCCGGCGCGGCGGGCAGAGCCGAGCAGGUGCCGGCGAUGGCGGGUGGCGGCGGCGCCCCGGGCCUCCGCCCGCUCCUCCUGCUGCUCCUCGCCGCCGCCGCCAGCGUCCCCGGAGGUGACGGUCAGAAUUUGGUUACCGAAGAUGUCACGGUGGUGGAGGGAGACGUCGCCACCAUCAGCUGCCGAGUCAAGAACAGCGACGACUCGGUGAUUCAGCUCCUGAAUCCCAACAGACAAACGAUUUACUUCAGAGAUUUCAGACCGCUGAAGGACAGCAGGUUCCAGCUGGUGAACUUCUCCAACAGCGAGCUCCGAGUGUCCCUGACAAACGUCUCCAUUUCUGAUGAAGGGAAGUACUUCUGCCAGCUCUACACUGAUCCCCCCCAGGAAAUUUAUACCACAAUUACAGUGCUCGUCCCGCCACGCAAUCUGGUAAUCGAUAUCCAGAAAGAAAUCGCCGUGGAGGGAGAAGAGAUCGAGCUGAACUGCACUGCCAUGGCCAGCAGACCAGCCACCACCAUCAGAUGGUUCAAAGGAAACAAGGAGCUAACCGGCAAGGCGGAGGUGGAGCAGUGGUCCGACAUGUACACGGUGACCAGCCAGCUGGUGCUGAAGGUGGGACGGGAGGACGAUGGCGUCCCUGUCAUCUGCGUGGUGGAUCACCCUGCUGUCAAAGACUUGCAGACACAGCGUUACCUGGAAGUCAUGUAUAAGCCUCAAGUGCGGGUUUCUCAGAAUUACCCGGUGCAAGGCCUCACGAGGGAAGGGGAGCCGCUCGAACUGACGUGCGCAGCUUUUGGAAAACCACAGCCUACGGACAUGAGGUGGUUAAGAGUAGAUGAUGAGAUGCCUCAACACGUUGUAGUGUCUGGUUCAAACCUUCUCAUUAGUAACCUAAACAAAACAGAUAAUGGUACAUACCGCUGUGAGGCUUCAAACGCGGUGGGGAAAUCACAUGCGGAUUACAUGCUGUUUGUAUACGAUCCCCCCACAACUAUCCCUCCUCCCACAACAACCACCACCACUACCACCACCAUCCCUACCACCAUCACAGACACAACGGCGACGACAGAACCGGCAGUUCACGGCUUUACUCAGUUGCCCAAUUCGGCAGAGGAGCUGGACUAUGGGGAUCUCUCAGAUUCUCGUGCAGGUGAGGAAGGGGCGAUACGGAGCGUGGACCACGCGGUGGUCGGUGGCGUCGUGGCCGUGGUCGUGUUCGCCAUGCUUUGCCUGCUCAUCGUUUUAGGGCGAUAUUUUGCCAGACAUAAAGGUACGUACUUCACUCACGAAGCCAAAGGGGCAGAUGAUGCGGCCGACGCAGACACAGCCAUCAUCAACGCGGAAGGAGGACAAAACAACUCCGAAGAAAAGAAAGAGUACUUCAUCUAGAGCAGCCUUGGUUUCUAUGAGGUGUCCAACCGUGGACGGUUACUACUGGCCCUAUUUAAACGCUAAAGAGACAGUGAUAUUGGAAGUUGCAACCAGCUUGUGUCUUUUUUUUUUUUUUUUUUUUAAAGAAAAAAAAAAAGCAAAUGGGUGGAGAGUCGUGAGGCUGGGAGGGUCCGGGAUUUGCUGUGUAAAAAUAUUCCUCGUAAAAGUACACUCUGCUGUUUGACACCUCAGUUCGUUUGGGUUUUCUUUUUUUGGCCAAGUCCAGCUUGGAUUUAGUUUAGUGAAGUCAUUUGCAGAAGAUUCUGUGCCUUGUUUAAUUUCUGUUCGUUCGGGUCGGGGGGGAGGCUGGGAAGAAGAGGGGCUUCUGUGCGUUAGUUCCCUUCGGGUUUCUGUGGCUCUUCGUUCCCCUUUCCCCUUCUGCUCCUGGAGUAGCCUGCUGGGACCCCUGGGAGUAGGUGGGUUUCUUCGAAGGUGUUUCUUUCUCUCUUCACCGUUUUCCGUUCAGAACUCGAGCUCAUCGGAGGAGAACCAGCACAUUUUAGAUUUCGUAGUUCGCAGUUCAGUGUGCCCAUGUCCCAUUCCCUCUAUCGUCGUAAAGGCUUGGAUAAACAAACGACGAGAACCCGUUUGUGGCUGCCCGUGUUCCAGGUGCUUUCGGUGGUGGCGACUAGGAGAUGGGCGGGAGCUCGGCAAAGGCGCUGCGCGGCCGCGGGGAAGCGGCACCCGGGGUCGUGCUCCGGGAGGGGCCGAGCCCGCCCUUGGCGCCGUGCCUGGGGGCCGCUCCCGGCCGGGCGCGGCGGGGGGGGCUUCUCGCGGGCCCUUUGCCCUGCAAACCGCUCCGUCCCGCUCUCCCGGCCGGGCCGACCUCGCCCUGCUUCGCUCGGGAAGGCAGAGCCCUCCCGGGGCGCGGGAGGCGGCGAGCGCCCGGCUUUCGCGCCCUCGCCGGUCCCUUUGCAGCCGCGGGACGCGGCGGGUAACACGCCUCCCCGCAGCGCGCGCCGCAGCCGAGACCCGGAGAGCGGCCGGGCCGGCAAAACGGCCUUUUUUUUGGUCUAGCCGCUCAGUAAAACGUGGGAAUUGGCGUUGAAACGACAGUGCUAACUGACUUCUAAAGCCAUAGGUGAAAAGGAGAGUCUAGGUAAAUUAGAAUCGUGAGUGACAGCUAGCAGACCGCAACGAGAAGACGGUAUUAAAAUUAUAUAUGCUGAAUUCUUUUUUUUUUUUUGGUGAGUAACCUUGCCUUUCGAGCGAUGCUUUUUUUUUUACUGCGUUUACGUGGAAGAUGUCUGCCGAUUUAUUUAAGGGGCGCGUUAAUCUUAGCACCAGGUUUGGGGUUGUUUCUUUUUUUUUAGGGGCUUCGGGGGGAGCGUUUUCGUGCGGGUUUUUGUUCGACCGUCGUUUUUGGCAGAACCAUUACAAAGCGGGAGUCCUUCGGGAACGGGACGGCCUGUCGGCAGAGGGCGAGUCCAUUCUCCAGCGGUGCUCGGUCUCGCCCCUUUUCACGAGAAGAACCUCGCGGAAAUACCCUUUUUUCCGAGCAAACCUUGUCGAGCGCAGCUCUUUUCUGAGCCUUCAGCACCAUUGCCGAACCACAUCGUGGCGAGAAGCAGUCAGCAUGUUGGAGUUGGGGGGCUUUUUUACCCAUCAUCGGUCGCGGGAUUGGCAUCCUGGUUUUGAGCAGCCCAUCUUUGUUUUGGAAGUGUACAGUAGUGCAGUGUUACCGAUGUAACUUUGACUUACAAUGUUGACAUGUCUCAGGUUCAUGUGUUUUGAUUGGUGUUUUCCGUCUCAGGUAGAUCGCAAAAUUUCGGCCCCACGCAUUGGAAGAAAAAAAAAAAAAAAAAAAAAGAGAAAAA